CGUCAUUUCCCAGAUGAGUCGUUGCUAUUUUGUAUGCCGCGGCGAGAAACCUCUUGCCCAUCACACAUCUUCACAUAGAACGACUGGUAUUCACCAGCAUUCAUGCUCCGCUGGUCGAUCCUUGAUGAUCUGACGGCCUACUCUAUAUGAAAGUCCCGUGUGCAAUGGAGCCGCCGAUCACGGUCAAUCCUUGAGGCCCGGGAGCAGAGUUCGUCGAUGUUCUCGUGUCAGACAGCCUGUCUCUGUGGAGCAGGCCAGCUUUGCUGGCCCAGGCUCGGGUCGGACAGCAGACCCAAUCUUCGACUGAGGACUGACCAGAUGGUCUCCCCAUCGUCUAGAAGCCGAUGCCAGCUCCUCACGAUGCUACCCACUGAAGAUCCCAACACAAAAAAUCCGCCCACAAGCGCAAUCGUCUGGUCCAGCUCGCCCAGUUUCGCUGCCGACUGCGGCAUUAGCCCCGUAUACAUGGCGAAGUGGAUCAUGACAGAUACGCUGUCGCAACAACAGAAGACAUAGUAAAUCAGUGUGCCAAGCAAGUGGGGCAACCCGUUCUUCACCCAGUUAUAGACGGCAAAUCGUCGGACCAGCUUGCCAUCUGCAAACAAUGCCACCGGAUGGAACAAGAACUCGGCAGCCCUGAUCGUGAUGACGAGAUGCUGGCCGUCCCCGACGUGGAACGACCACCCGCCGAGGGGCACAACUUGGUAGUUAGCUCGCGCCGAGUUCGCCGAGUAGGCCACCAUGACUGCAAGCGUGCAGUACAUGUGAACGGGAAUCAGCCAUGCGAGACGGGCCUUGAGCAGCGGGCCGCCUACGCGCAGGUUGGCGAC